AUGAAAAGAACUGACGGCAGAGGAAGAAUAGUUACCGAAUGGUUAGCACAAAAUGACCUAAUCGUCAAGAACAAGGGCGAAAACCCUACCUUUGUGAGAAAGAACUACGGGUCAAUACUUGAUCUAACAAUCGCUACGACUCAAAUUGGCAAAAAAAUACAUCAGUGGAUAGUCAGUGAAGAAGAAUCCCUCAGUGACCAUAACUAUGUCACCUUUGAAAUCGUGGAAAUACCGAGAUCCGUGCAGAGGAAACGGGGAAAAAUAGGUUGGAAAACAAAAAAGCUAAACAAGGAGAAGCUAAAGCAGGCCAUUGAAGGAAUCCCAGAAAACUCUACCACAAUAUCAGCGGAAAAAUUCUCCAGCACGUUGGAAACACUAUGCAACGAGUGUAUGCCCAAAGGUAAAACAGUUCACAAAAGCCAACCUAUGUACUGGUGGAACGAAGAUAUCGCAAAGCUCCGGAAAGUGUGCAUCGAAAAACGACGGAAGCCCACAAGAGCUGCAAAGAAGAAUGUACCUUUGCAGACGCAGAAACUGUGGAAGGAGUAUAUGUGCAGCAAGAAACAGCUACAAGGAAGUAUUAAAGCAUCAAAAAAGAAAGGCUGGACUACUGUUCGUGACGAAAUAGACAGAGAUGUAUGGGGAAAAGGAUACGAAAUAGUGCGCAAGCAAAUAAUUGGAAACCCCCUAAGCCUCAAAUGA